AUCUCUCUCUCUCUCCCAUUAGUCAAUACUGUAGCUGUAGUAGUGGUAGCACCCACCACCUCGCCAUUAAAGAAACUUGAGCUAGCCAAGUGGAGAGAGAGCGGGGGAGGGGAGGUGAGGGAGGGGACGGUGGUGGGUAUGACGUCGGGGGCAGCGGCCGCGGCGGCGGCCGGGGCGGGUGGGGUUGGGAGGACCCCGACGUGGAAGGAGAGGGAGAACAACAAGAGGAGGGAGCGGCGGCGGCGGGCCAUCGCCGCCAAGAUCUUCACCGGGCUCCGGGCGCUCGGGAACUACAACCUCCCCAAGCACUGCGACAACAACGAGGUGCUCAAGGCGCUCUGCCGGGAGGCCGGAUGGGUCGUCGAGGACGACGGCACCACCUACCGCAAGGGAUGUAAGCCGCCUCCGUCGGCUGUGUCAGCGUCGGCGGCGAUGAGCCCCUGCUCGUCAACGCAGCUGCUGAGCGCGCCGUCGUCGUCGUUCCCGAGCCCGGUGCCGUCCUACCACGCGAGCCCGGCGUCGUCGAGCUUCCCGAGCCCCAGCCGGCUCGACAACGCGAGCCCUUCCUGCCUCCUCCCGUUCCUCCGGGGGCUCCCCAACCUCCCGCCGCUCCGCGUCUCCAGCAGCGCGCCCGUCACGCCGCCGCUCUCGUCGCCGACGGCGUCGCGGCCGCCCAAGAUCCGGAAGCCGGACUGGGACGUCGACCCCUUCCGGCACCCCUUCUUCGCGGUCUCCGCGCCGGCCAGCCCCACCCGCGGCCGCCGCCUGGAGCACCCGGACACGAUACCGGAGUGCGACGAGUCCGACGUCUCGACCGUGGACUCCGGCCGGUGGAUCAGCUUCCAGAUGGCCACGACGGCGCCGACGUCUCCCACCUACAAUCUCGUCAACCCGGGCGCGUCUAACUCCAACUCCAUGGAGAUAGAGGGGGCGGCAGGCCGAGGCGGCCCGGAGUUCGAGUUUGACAAGGGGAGGGUGACGCCAUGGGAAGGUGAGAGAAUCCACGAGGUCGCCGCCGAGGAGCUCGAGCUCACUCUCGGCGUCGGCGCGAAAUGACGACGGCCAUUUCUGAACAAAAAAAGAUGGCUCCUUUCGUCGACCGGCUGAUCAUGGUUUGUUGUUGGAUCACUGGUCAAUGUGUAUGACUAAGCAUGGAUGCUGCGAUUUGAGCAAUUUCAUUCUAGUCUUAGGUUAAUCAUCUUGUUCAAUUCAUUCUUCCUGGACAUGGAAAAGGAAGCAGAAAAAAUUGUUCACUUCGGCUGAUUAUUCAAGUCCUCACUGUUCCUCAUCUUUGUA